AUGGCAUCUAGAGAAGCACCAAUCCUGUUGCCCGAGCUGAUACAGAAGAUUGCUCUGUUUUUGCCACUUCCAGAUGUCAGCAGAUGCAUGCAAGUUUGCAAGCUAUGGAAGGUAAGCAACUGUCAAUUAUUUUGAGUUCCCAAGCCAAAAUUACACCUUUUGCUGUUCAUUGGGAGAAAAUACGCAUUCAUUUGCGCGAAACGGCAACCAACAGCGCGAAGAUACAUUCAUUAGCGUGAAAAAGUGAAUAUUUGAGCAUAAAUCAGAUUCAAUAACGAUUUUUGCAUUUUAAUCAACAUUCAAUAACAUUUUUGGGCAUUCAUUUGCGUCAUUCGACAUACAAAAGAGAAAACUAUACUUUCAUUAACACCAACAUUCGAGUCAUUAACAUUACUGAAAAUCAUUAGGGACAAUAGACAAACAUUUAAGGGCAAACGCUAUUCAUGAACAUUUUUAUGACACUGUCUGCAAUUCAAUAGCAUUCCUGGACAUCUUUAGAAUGGAUAAGACAAGCAUUAAUGUGCUUGUACAAUCAAUUGAGCGUUCUUUACAUUUAAUAUACAAAAAUAUAUUUUUAAUCUUGUCUCUCUACCAGUAUGUCCCCUAUCAGUUGGUAGGGGACGUAAGAGUACCCACACUGCUCAGUGUUCAUUUAGAGUAGGGGAUGUUAGGCCCCAGUUGUGUGUUCUAUGUAUCUCUUAUGGGGAAAGGGGACUGUUACCCGCCCACAGUAAUAAUUAGCUUCAUGCUGUUGCAGUGACCCUUCCAAAUUGGCAAAUCUAAACAAAACUGUUUUGUAAAGUUUGUACUGACAGACACUGAUCCACGUCAUCAUCUAUACUGAUCCAUUGAUCCAUGUUGCCUUAAUAUUUCUCUUUAUUUCAGGAACUUCUUUCAUCAGAGCAGUUUUAUAAAAGAUAUGUAUUAAGCCAUUUUAACCUGGAACUUGAAGAGCAGCCAUCAGGUCUUCUAAACAUGUGGACGGAUCCUGAUAAUUGGUUUUGUUACUGGGCGCGAAGGGGUGAUCCUAAUUAUUGGGUCUUUGCUGAUCCACCCAAGCGCUGGAAUUGUGGAGUGGUUCAUUUGGCAGAAUAUGAACUUGAGACACAUCGUGAGCUGAGGUAUAAAGAUUUCUGUCGUGCUCUUUACAUUCUGUCGAGGAUACAGAAGGCAGCAGAACCAGAGGAACUACGAUUAGACUGUAGUAAGUGCUUCAAUCCAAAAUUCAAAUGCAUUACACUCAAACUAUCAAAGUGAUGUUGCAUACUUUUUAAACUUAAACAAACUAAUCAUUUCCUUUGCACUAUGGGAACUACAGUGUUCUAGUGAAAGUCAUUGCCUUAUUUAUACAAGCAAAAAUAAUUAAAAGAAUGUUUGUGAUGCUAACAUGAGCAUUCUCUCCCCACAAUAAUAUACUACAGCCAAAUCUCCAGUAACAGACAUCUCCCAUUAAUGUUGAUUUCUGACUGAUUCGUAUUUCCCUUGUCACUUGCUUGUCAGCAGUAAUACAUAAUUUUCUCAGUUCUUACCUAAUUUGUUGCCCCCUUUUCUAGGGAUGACAAGUAUGAACAGGUGAAAUAUUAAUUACCUCAAGAGCCCAGCUCCCAUUCCAUAGAAAUACUGGUAGCAAAUACAAGGCUUUCAUUAACCCAUUCGCCCCUGAACCGCCCAUAACCGCCCGUGCGUAUCCAGGUCCUUUCUACCCUUUGUGACGUCAUCAGUUUUAAUGGUCAAGGGCAACUUUCUUCGCUAACUUGUGCAGAGUGAAGAGAUCUUUCAAACCAUACCAGAAUGAGCACAAUUCAGUCAAGGACACCGGAGAAAGAAGCAAAAAACCACGUGACAUUGACCUGAAAAUCUCCAUGAAAAUCUUGUUCCAUUACCCACCUACCUUUCCUUUCACCUAAUCCUAAGAUCCUAAAAGCUUUCCUAAAAACUCUUCCCACCAAAAUAAAGCCUACUAAAUGCCCAGCAAGAGCAAAAAAAAAUGAGGCAAGAAAAGCGAAAAAAGAAGGGAGGAGAGAAAGCGAAAAGUAAAAGUCAAGACUGCUGUGUCUCGAAAUUUUGCUUUCUGCGCAUGCCCGAACUUCGCAAGCUGAUAUUUUGCAUCUGGAUCAGAAGGCCACGAAGUGUACGACCUGUAAACCGGUUUGUGGUAAGUUUUAGUUCUUUAUAACACGACAGUGACCAGAAAACCACUCGACUAGCUUCAAAACGCGUUUUUCGGCAAAAUCUCCAGGAGCGAAUGGGUUAAGAGCCGGGGGCCAGGGAUUUUCCCCGGCUAGUGUGAACGUGACUCCUGCCUACUUUAGUAGGAAAAUAGAAGAAAAAUAGAACCAAACAGUAUCCCAGCUGUUUGAUUCCCUGCCUACUUGUAUUGUUUACCCAGCAACCCAGCAGAGCCCAGCUCCCAUUCCAUAGAAAUACUGGUAGCAAAUACACUGAAGGCUUUCAUUAAGAGCCGGGGGCCAGGGAUUUUCGCCGGCUAGUGUGAACGUGACUCCUGCCUACUUUAGUAGGAAAAUAGGAGAAAAAUAGAACCAAACAGUAUCCCAGCUGUUUGAUUCCCUGCCUACUUGUAUUGUUUACCCAGCAACUUGAAAUUUUAAUGACAGCCUUACAGAUAAAUAGCUGAUCACUUCACAUUGUGGAAACUGAACAUAUUAUUGCCUUCUUGAUUUACUAGUCAGUUGGUUUAUCAUACCGUUAAUCAUGUUUUUUUUUUUUCUGCUUUCAGUGAUUUGGGGUAAUGAGGGUGUUGGCCUCAUUGAAACCUGUUUGUUUCCUUGGAGCAAAGACUCUCUGCCCUCUGCACAAGAUAUGAUGUCAAUGUUCCACUUCAAUCCUGAGAUGCACAAAAACCCAAUGGAAAAAACUGAUAUAAGAGGGAUGAAAGUUGAAGGCGAUGUCAGAGGACAUGUGAGCUGGAACACGCUGCACAGCUCCUAUGAUGUGGAUAUAAGAAAAGCUUGCUCUUUCUUUGAAUGGCUUCAACAAAUAUUUUCACCCUGUGUUCGCAUAGGUAUUGGUUUAGAAAGUAUGAAUCCCAUCCCUUGUUUUAUUUUGACACAUAUUGCACCUGGUUGGGUGGGAGGAAUUUUAUCAUGUUCAACUUGUACCUAAAAUGCCUUCUGUUUUGCCAGUUGCUGAAAGAAAGUGAGAAAACAACAGAUCAAUGUAGGUUUCUGGGAAACCACCCACCUACCCCUCCCAUAACCCAACAUUUUGCCCCAAGUGAGACCCAAAUAUUAACGCUGAGUUAGGGGAGGGGUAGGUGGGUAGUUUCCCUGAAACCGAAAUUGAUCCAAAACCACUUUACAGGAAGUUCCUGUUGAAUGGCUGUUUAAAAAGGCCACACUUAAGAAUUUUUGAAAUUGACAAACUUCAAAGUGGGGGUAAACUCACAUUGCAAGCAGAGCCUUCUUUUGUCUUGUUAUUGAUCUACGAGGAGAAAGGGAGGCUCUGUCUGAAUCUUUUCAAACCUUUGUAGCAGCGGCAGCUCUCUGCAGCGCAAACGUCUGUACUAAUCAACCUUGUUUCACCUCAUCCAACUGGUUUUUCAGGUGCAAGCACCCGUUUAUUGCUAAACCAAUGGUCAUAUCUGGCCCGCUGAACGACAUGUAUUUGAGACUGUAUCCUAGCAACAUAAAGUGCAUGGCCUCAACAAAGAUCUUCGUCAAUUCAUGAAAUAAUCAGGGCCUCUGAUAUUUCGCGGAAAAAAAAGCAAAAUUUCGCGGGAUUUUCAGGGGCAAAUUCGCGGAACAAUCGGCCGAUUUCGCGGGAUUUUAGCGCAAAAAAGUCAAUUUUCGAAGGAUUUUCAGGGGCAAAUUCUUAGAAAAAUCGGCCGAUUUCACGGGAAAUUUCGGGGGGAAACUUCGCCGAGAAACAAUCAGUAAAAAACAGCCAAUUUCGCUGGAUUUUUUUUGGCAAAUUUCGCUAAAAUCGAUCAGUUUUGCGUCGAUAGGGCCAGCGUUGGUGAACGUUUUAUUUAACAGGGAUAAUCAUUUGCUCGUUCAACAACAGUUCGCUCGAGAAAUGAGCAAAUGUUAAAGCUAUUAACAUUAUGGUUACUGCCCAGUUUUUCACAACGUUCAUCUGAAAACGCCUGGUAGUUUUGGGACGUUGUUUACUCGUUGCAGUGACGAAGUUUCAAGCUAAAUUUGGACGUUUGGGGUGAAUAAAACCGGUCUAAUAGCCAAGAUAAGCAUUAAAUAUGUUUUGCCGACAUGUAUUUGAAAAAUAUUUCUGGCGGAUUUCGCGGUAUUUCGCGUUUUUUGGGGAAUUUCGCGGGAUUUCGCGGAAAUACCUGAAAUUCGCGGGUCCGCGACCGCGCGAAAUAUCAGAAGCCCUGAAUAAUGGUGCAAGCGAAAGAAAGGCUGGCAGGAUGGAGUGAAAUAUGUUGGAUAAGGUACCGGUAUAUAUCAUAUGGAGCAAUUAUUGCUCCAUAUGAUAUAUACUUACAUCUCUUUUAAUUAUCCUUUGAGCAAGAAUGAUGCAAAUUGGUUUUUGAGAUAGGAAGGUCGCCCCAUGUAAAGUAAUCUGGAUUCCAGAAUCUGGGAAAUUUUUGCUUUUGUAAUCCAGAAUGCUACCUUUUCUAAUUCAGAAUACUGCUAAUACCUGGAAACUAGCCUGAGGAGUGGGCCAGCCAGGCUAACUCAACCCAUAUAAACAGGCCUCAAGUAUCAGGCCUUCCUUAGGUUUUAGGGGAAGGGGAGAGGAGAUCACUUCUCACACACACACACACACACACACACACACACACACACACACAGAAAUGCUUCAUAUUAACGCUAAUUAGAAUCCGGAAUCCAAGUUCCACCAACAGGGAAUCCAGGAUCCAAGACUGUCUUGGAUUUAGUCUUACUUGGGGCGAAAUAGGAAGGGGGAAGAUUAAGAGCCAUCAAUUAACCCUACAUGAGAAUCUACUACAGGUCUUGGAAUCAGAUCUUGUAAUGAAAAACCGUCAUUAAACUCACACUAAGAACACUACUUUGUUCAGGAAACUAUUGCAUGGUCUUGCUCUUCUUGCUGAACAAAAACAACAUUAUGAGUGCAAAACGUUUACCUAGUUUCAAGUUUAAAAAUAGUAUGAUCAAAUGUUUUUUUUUAUUCCACAAAUAACAUGUGUUGGAUCCAUUUUGCAUCGCUUAGAGGAUAAAAUAGGAAAACUCCCGUGUGUGUGUAGAUCAAACUUCGAAGGGAGAAUUGUCUUUCAACACUAGAAAUUAACAUGCCCACGUGCACUCUCAUUAAGACCUGAUUAAGACCGAUUAAAAAUGGUGUACAUUAAAGCAACAAAACGUACAAGGAAGUAAGGUUUAUUUCUUGAGAACUGAACCCGUGAACACAUCAAUAGUUCAGUUUUGAUCAUGUUUUUAAAACGGUUACGCAACUUGAACAACACAGAACAACUCAUAGGUAUACAGCUAUGUGCACGCGACGAUCCCGAAAGGUAAUAUGGGAUAUAUCGCUUACUUCGAUUCGGAAAAGCUACAUGUGAUCAAUACACUGUUCCAGACACUGUAGCUGUCAAAACUUCUUUUGUUGCUUUCCUUUGGCACGCGCAAACAUACGUCCAUGGCCUCUCGUGCCAUUCUUUCAAAUUUCGUUGAAGAACAGCAAACUCAAAACCACCCACAAUACCUUUCGGGAUUGUCGCAUGCACUUUUUCCGACAACCUUUCUCGAAAUAGCUGUAUAUCUGCCAUGUUGUCCCCUUUCAUAAGUAUGGAUAUUAUUUCCAAGCACUGUUAUCCAGUUAAGAAGUGGAAAGUGUAUGAAGUUUAACUUAUUUCGUUUCACUCUAGAUUUCGAUCAGCACGAAAAAGUAGGCUAUCGGUUAAAACUGUAUUUCUAACUUGGAAAGGGUUCAAACUUAGCUUAAUCUAAAUCGUGAUGGGAGAAUUUAUUCUAAUUUUAGGCAUUGUCCGAGAUUUAUACGAAAAGACAUUGAAAUGUUUACAAGCGAGACAAGGGUGAAGAAAAACGUACCAUACAGCAGUUAAUACAUCUUUCAGUGGGUAAAUUUAUAAAUUAGUAAUUAUUAAAUCGUUUUUCUUUCUUAUAAAUAUUCCAGAAAAUUAAUGUACAAUCUCAGUAAUGUUGACCUUAUACUGAGGUGUAUAUUUAUUUAAACUGAUAAAUAAAAUAAAACUUUGGGAUUACUAACGGGUAAUUUAAAUGUUCCUGGUAUCCUUUAU